AUGGCCCCAGUAUCAACAGCAGACCUCAACUUGGCAGCCACCAACGGCCCUCCUACCAAGAUCUCCGACCCCAAAAACACAUCAAACCAAGAAAUCGGUUUCCUCUCACCACCAACCCUCCACUUCCCCAACAAAGUCGCAGAACGCGAAUACAUCAAAGGCCGUCUCGCCGGAGCCUACCGCAUCUUCGGCCACUUUGGCUUAAACGAAGGUCUCGCUGGCCACAUUACAGUCCGCGACCCUAUUGAUCCAACCACAUUCUGGGUGAACCCUUUUGGCGUAGACUUCAAUUUGAUACAGCGAAGUGAUCUGCUGCGCGUAGACCAUCAAGGCAAUAUUCUGGAUCAUGGGAAGGUUAAGGUUCUCAAUCGAGCUGCGUUUUUGAUUCAUGGGGCGAUUCAUGAGGCGAGACCGGAUGUUAUGUGUGCGGCGCAUACGCAUUCGGUUUAUGGGCGUGCGUUUUGUGCGUUGGGGAAGCAGUUGGAUACGAUUUCGUUGGAGUCUUGUAUUUUUUAUGAUGAUCAUGUUGUCUUCGAAGGCAAAGGUGUCGUUCUCGCGUCCGAUGAAGGCCAAGAUAUCGCUGCUGCACUAGGAGAUAAGAAAGCUGCCCUGCUACGGAACCAUGGCCUAUUGACCGUCGGACAGACGAUUGAAGAGGCUGUCAAUUGGUUCUACAUGCUGGACAAAUGCUGUCAUGUGAAUUUGCUCGCGGAUGCGGCUGCGAGUGGGCGUGGUACAGAGACUGUCAAGAUCUCGCAGGAGGAAGCGGAAUACACGAGAGGUGUUGCCGGAUCGCACAAGGGAGGUUGGAUGGGAGGUAAUGCGAUGUUUGACCUGAUCGAUGAGCUGACUGGAAAGAAGUAUCUCGAAUAG